UUCACAUGACAUCCGUGUCUUCUUCUUUUUUUCUCUUUCUUUCUAACUUUGCUCGUACCAACAAAAAUCGAGAAAAAUAAAUAAAUCAAGGGGGAGAGAAAAUCGCGGAGGAAGACAAAUUGGCCCUGAGAUUUUCCAAAUUUCUAGAGAGAGAGAAAGUAAGAUUAGUUUAUUUCAACGUUGUAAGAGAGAGAGAGAGAGAAGAGUUGUCUUUUUUACGCCAUUGAUUGAUUCAAGUUGAGUGCGUUGAAGCAAGCAGAGGUAUCAGACUUGCAUUUCAAAGCUCUGAUUUUUAAGUUAUUUACCCAUCAAAAAAAAAAAAAGCAUCUCAUCGUGUAAGAGUUUUUUUUGGUGGUACUUAGCAGUGUUUGAAUUUCAGUUGAGUAGCAUUACCCGUCGGAUCUCGAAGAAGAAAUGGGUGAUACAGACACUGAUAUGAUCCACAGACUCCAUUCUCCAUUCGGCAAACAGCCUAAGCAGCUCCAAUUAAACCCUAAGCCUCCGACUUCUCCCUACUCUCAGAUCCAGAAUCUCAACCCGGUGGGAGCUACUACUAGUCACUCACGGUCAAUGUCACAGCCUUCGUCUUUCUUCUCCUUCGAUUCCUUGCCUCCCCUAAGCCCUUCUCCCUUUAACAACAACAACAACAACAACCCUUCUUCUUCGUUGUUGCCUCCUUCCCCGUUCACGAGGUGUAACUCAGACUCUUCUAGAGUCGUUCUUCUGCCUCCCAGAAAGUCUCAUAGACGCUCCAACAGUGAUAUUUCCGGCGGGGAAUCUGCUGAUUGGUCAACAAAGACCACUCCUCCUUUCGUCAAGAAGGAGUCGGGAGAGAGAGAAGACAUGGAUGAUCUCUUCUCGGCGUAUAUGAAUCUUGAAAACAUCGAUGAUAUGGAGAGCAGUAGAGCAAGCGGGACCAAGACUAACGGUAGUGACGACACAGAGGGAGAAAGCAGUAGUGUCAAUUACGAGAGUGGCGGCGAUCGUAACAAUAGCUUGAAGAGAAGAGCUGGAGCUGGAGGAGGAGACAUUGCUCCUACGUCUAGACAUUACAGGAGUGUUUCAGUUGACGACAGUUGUUUCAUGGAGAAAAUGUCUUUUGGUGAAGACUCACUAAAGCCUCCUCCUACCAACUCGGUUAAUGGUGGCAUCGAGUUUAAGAGCGGUGAGUUUAAUGCGGCGGAGAUGAAGAAGAUCAUGGCUAAUGAUAAAUUAGCAGAGAUGGCAGUGUCUGACCCUAAGCGUGUCAAAAGAAUAUUGGCGAACCGUCAGUCUGCAGCGAGGUCAAAGGAGAGGAAGAUGCGGUACAUAGUCGAAUUGGAACACAAAGUGCAAACUCUUCAGACCGAGGCUACUACAUUGUCUGCUCAGUUCACGCUUUUGCAGAGAGAUAUGAUGGGGUUGACAAACCAUAACAAUGAGCUCAAGUUUCGUCUUCAAGCAAUGGAGCAGCAAGCUCAGCUUCGCGAUGCUCUGAGUGAAGCACUGAAUGGGGAAGUCCAGAGACUGAAACUGGCAAUUGGUGAGACCAGCCACAACGAAUCUGAUAGAUCAAAGAUGCAAUCACUCAACGCUGAGAUGUUCCAGCAACUCAACAUCAGCCAGUUAACACAGCAGAGACAGUCUCAGCAGAACCAGAAUGGAACCUUGUCAGCAAAACCUGAAUCAAAUGAAUUAUAGAGCAGAUAAAUUGUUGAGUUGGUGGCUGGAUCAAAGGGUUGGAGUCUUUAGUUUUCAAGUUACAUAUCAAUCAAUCAAACAUUAUUUUUUUUUUUAUCUGCAGUCUGUUGACAUCACAUAUACCAUUCAUUAUAUGGCGCAAGUUAAAAAAUAAAAAUACAGUAUUUUAUUCAA